AUGGUAUUGAGCGGUGUCAAAGGCGGUCUAAAACUGGCAGCGGUCUUGAAAAAUAUCGCAAUCCAGGUGCCGAUCGUCACCAUCAGCACCACCAUCGCCCGCUCCGCAUUUAUUAUCUACAUCAUCCCCCUGGUCGGAACCUACAAGUACUACCAGGCCGCGUUAUGGGUUGUUUUGGCGAUUCAAUUCGCCGGGAACGUUGCAUCGGCCGUGCUACCGCUUAGCAUCUGUCGCAACGUAGCCGCUCUCUGGGACCCAGCAGUCGCCGCUGCGACGACCUGCGGCAACCUGAAUGCCGUGAUGAAAUUCGCCUACUACUCCAAUACAUUCAACUCAGCCACCGAUCUGUUUUUGGCCGUCUUCCCGACAGUCGUGUUCUGGAACUUGAAUUUGAAACUACCCAUCAAGCUCGGUUUGAUCGCUCUUCUCAGCUUAGGCAUUGUUGCGAUGAUCGCGUCCAUCAUCAAAACAACCAAACUGGACUCCGUACCUAGCAUCACAAAUACCGGAGCCGCGGGCGGCAUCGAACUAAUCCGCUGGGGAUACAUCGAAAACGUCAUUAUCAUAAUCACCUCCUCGGUCCCCUGCAUCCGCCCCUUGAUCAUGUCCUCCGUGCGCAAGCUCUCCAGCGGCAAAUACUCCCACACCUACGAACUCGGCAUGCCUUUCAGCGGGCGCAAAACGACCGGUGCCCCAAACGAGACGAAUCAGUCGCGCCGCACGCGCAGGUUCAAGUCCGAUGUCGAGAACAACAGCAUCGAUCGCAUUCUGGGCCAUGAGCACACAGCGCGCACGGGCACGUCUAUCGAAGGCGCGCCCGAUUCUCCCACUUCAUCCGGUCCGGGCAUCACGAAGCAGGUGGAGAUUUCUGUUUUCUCGGAUGUCAGACCGCCUAUGCAGAAGGAUCGCUCAUUCGGGAGUUGA